UAAAUCCAUCACAAACCUUCCAUUCUCUCUCAUAAAAAAAACCAACACAAACCUCCCAAUUCCCUCUCAUCACAAACACAAACCAUGGCAAAGAAGCCAAGCAUGGGUAGACAAAAGAUCAAGAUUGAAAAAAUCCUAGUGAAAAACCACCUCCAAGUCACCUUCUCGAAGAGGCGUUCAGGCCUCUUCAAGAAGGCGAGCGAGCUCUGCACCCUCUGUGGUGUAGAGAUCGGCAUCAUCGUCUUCUCCCCGGCCGGGAAGGUCUUCUCCUUCGGCCACCCCAACGUGGAGUCCAUCAUCGACCGCUACCUCACCACCCGCCCCCCUCUCCCCGCCCCCCACGACCCGUUCCACCUCCUUGAGGCGCAGAGGAACGCGGCCGUGAGGGAGCUCAACCUCCAGCUGGGGCACAUGUUGAGCGAGGUGGAGAGCGAGAGGAAGAGAGGAGAGAGCUUGGACGCGAUGAGGAAGGCCAACCAGAGCCAUUACUGGUGGGAAUCGCCGAUUGGGAAAUUAGGGCUCGAGGAGCUGGAGCAGGUGAAGGAGGCCAUGGAGGAGUUGAAGAAGAAUGUGAAUCGGGAGGCGGCCAAGCUGCAGUUUACGCGGCCGGAGAGGUGGGGUUUUUGA